AUGUCCGAUCUUCCUGAGGAUUUGGUAGAGGAAAUUCUCUCUUGGGUUCCGGCCAUAUCUCUGAAACCAUUACGAUCAACAUGCAAACGAUGGAAAGCUUUAUUGAAAGAGCCAAGAUUCAACGAGAAGCACUUUCGUAAAGCUCCAAACCAGUCUUGUGUUGUCAUGUUGAAAGAAUAUAGGCUUUUUCCAAUGAGCAUCGAUCUCAACGUCGUUCCUCCAUCUAUAGAGUUUAAAGGUGCACUUGACCUAAAGAGUUCUCGUCUUAAUUCAGAACAACUCGAUAUAGCUAAAGUGUUUCACUGCGACGGUUUGUUGUUAUGCAUCACCAAGGACAAUAGACCCGUGGUUUGUAAUCCGUAUUUAGGAGAAACAAGGUGGAUCCAACACGAAAAUGGUUACAAGAGAUACUCUAGGUUUGCUCUAGGUUACGAAAACAACAAAUCUGGCCGCACCUACAAAAUCUUGAUGUUUUAUGAAUUUAACCGCCGGGUUAGUGGAUUUGAAAUUUAUGAGUUUAGCUCUAAUUCAUGGAGGGUUGUGAAUGAUCCGAUCUGGGUCAGAAUAUGUUAUUCUGGCGUGACUUUGAAGGGAAAUGCUUACUGGAUUUCUGGUGGCAAAGACCAUUCUUUACGCAGUUUUGAUUUUACAAGAGAGAGAUUUGGACGUCUUGCUCCCACAUGUCAAAAGUGUGGUUAUAUGGCUCUAUCGGUUGUUAGAGAUGAACAACUCUCAGUUUUACAUUGGAGUGUUGGUUCAGCAGAGGUGGAGAUGUGGGUGACCAAUAAUAUUAAUACUGAGGCUGAGUUGUCAUGGAGCAAAUCCUUUGCAGUGGACAUGCAAAGUUCUUCUCCAUUCACGAGUCUUUUAAUCGACGAGGAAAAGAAAGUGGCCUUGUGUUGUGAUUCAUGUUUUUUCCCCUACAGGAAGGUAUACACUAUUGGAGAGGACGAUGAAUAUCACGUAGAAAUCCCUUAUUUAACGGAUCCAGUGUUGUUGCAUUAUACCAACCCUGGUGAAGGAUCUUGGUGGCCAUUGUUUUUCAAUUAUGUUCCAAGUUUGGUUCAAAUCCAAUCAUAA